CCGAACGAUGUCAUCAUCAUGGGCUACAUCUAUAUAAAUAUGCAUGAAUGGGGCAAAUGUAUUGAGAACUUGCACUGGGCUACGACCCAAACCAUUUGCAACAACUUUUCUGAGUCUGCUGGUGUCUCAUCAAUGGCGAACUUCUGUUGUUCUAUUGAAUUGGAGCCCAGAACCCUGAGACAGGGGCAAAUCGACCAAGCUAGGGAAGUUGCUGUCGAUAUAAUGCAGAAGAAGGAACAAAAUGAAGCAUCUAGCAUUUUGGUCGAGGGACUUAAACCAGUUGCUUCAAUCAAGGAAAUGGUAAUGGUUGUGCAGGAAACAGACAUGCUACACAAAGAGGAUGAGGCUAAGGACAAGAUCAUCAAUAGCAUAACUGAGACAUGCUGCCAAUGUUCAUGCAUUUCUACCACGAUUGAUUCUCCAAAUCAGUCUCUGCUUAAGGAGCCUGGUUCCGCUCCCUUCUAAAUAUUAAAUAGCACCUUUAUUCAACUUUAAGAAAGGCAAUCGUGAUUGUUCUUGUUCAAUCUUGGAAAGUGCUCAUAGUAUUUUUUUUCUAUGGAAAAUUGUAUGUAUUUUCAAUAAUGACUUUCGAACUUCGCUAGAAAGAAAAUCAGUAUGGUCGGGUGGGUUGGAACUUGGAACGCACCCAUUCACAAAAACUGAAGUGCAGUGUUACCUGAAAAGAAGAUAUCGAGCUACAAUUGGCAGUUGCCAAUAAUGUUCAAUAUUAGUCCAAAGCAACUUUACAAAUGUAUGCGUCCGUGCAGGAAACGUCAAACAAGAGCAACGGAGUUCUGAUUUUGGACAAGUUAAUCUCCACAAGAUAAUCCCACCAAGCAAAAAGAGAUUAGUGGAACAAUAAUAGAUGACAUACACUAGGGUUGCUGCCAUGCUUCUUGGGAACAGAAGGCAUCAAGACUUGGCAACAAUUUUUAUUUUAAUUUAUUCUUCGGGUUACUAAUUCAACAGUAGAGUACUCGACUUAUAAGUGCAGCUAGUAUCUUUUACAUAUUUAGAUGAAACUAAGGAUUCAUCUAUGUACCAUCGGUAAAGUUUGGAAGAUCACGACUGAUCCUAAAAGAGAAUGAAUGGAAAAAAUAGUAUGUCGAAUUGAGG